AUGCAUUACCAACAGCUUCUCCCUGUGCUCUCUACAGUGCUGGCCCUUUUGCCCCUGGGUAUGUCAGCUUCCCUACCUUUCGGCCAUUACGGCCCUGAAGGCACCGUGCUAUUCCUGAACGGCUUCCACUUCGUCUCAGGACACAGUGACUGGGAAAUUUCCGCCAACCACUAUUGUGUGAUUAUUCGCGACGAUAUGUUGCAAUGCGCUGUCUACAAUACUGCGACGGCACCUGCACGCCUAGCAGGUAUCGAAUACAUCAUUAGUUCCGCUGCUUUCGAGACGUUGGACUACGAAGAACGUCAACUAUGGCACAGUCACGUCUAUGAAGUAACUAGUGGUUUUUUGACCCAACCAGGAUUACCAGCAUCUGUGGAUCACACACAUUAUGAAGGAUUGGUUGGAACUUAUGGCAAAACAUUCCACACCUGGAGAUAUGACCAGCAGAAUUCUACUUACCCUAUCGGUAUCCCUGAGCUUGUGAUGGGUUAUACUGGAGAUAACCAAAUUACCCCUGACUUCGUUACCAAGCGAGAUGAGCUCUUUGGUCUAAAUACUACUGAAGUUAGGGAGUCGCGUAGUGAUAUUCAGAGCCCUCAAGUUGUCCCCGGAGCGGAUAGCUGGAAGUACGGCUAUGUUUUGUCGUUGGGAAUAGUUAAUGAAACAACGAAUACCUCGUUUCCUAACGAUGGAGAGCAGGUCGUCCUCUCAUCGUAG